UUUAAUUUUUGCAAUCAGAGAACAAUAUUAAAAAUGAAGAUAUUAUUAGUGUGGCUAAUGAUAAGUUUAGUGUGUGUACUCCCUUGGUGUUUAUCAGCACAAAAUUCUCCAGAAGAUUAUCUUGAAGCUCACAACACAGCACGUGCAGAAGUUGGGGUUAAACCACUAAAAUGGGACGGGAGACUAGAAUCAUAUGCAUACCUGCACCUGAGUCAGAAAACUGAGCAUUGCAUACCGUUUCAAUCGGAUGGUCCUUAUGGUGAGAACACAGUGAGUGGUGUUAAAGCAACGGGAGCAUACAGAAAGCUUACUGGAGUACAAGCUGUGGGCGUAUGGGUGGCACAGAAACAAUACUAUGACGAAAAAUCCAAUUCAUGCAUUGGAGGUUACUGUGGUCACUAUAUGCAGGUUGUUUGGCGUGACACUACUCAUGUUGGUUGCGCUAGGGUCCAAUGCGACAAUGGAGCCUACAUGGUUUCUUGUAACUAUAGCCCUCCAGGAAAUUUGCGUGAUCAACGACCCUACUAAUUAAUAAGUACCAACAUCUUAUAGACUAUAGAGUAGUAUAAUAAUCUGCUAUAUAUUAUGGGGCUUUAAUUAUUAGUGCAAAUAUACAAGAAUUCAAGUAUAAGUUUGUGAGCCUGUGUUAGUGUUGUCCGUGAGGAAUCUUUUCAUGUAAUAUUUUUAUGUUUGGCUGGAUGCGUU